AUGGAGCAAAUUAACUCUAACAGCGACAAGAAGAUUCAGCAGACAGAUAUCUUUAGGAAAUUUGCAACUCCAAAACAAGAUGGCUACGAAGCUUCUGGAAAUGGAGAAUUGGUUUUGACAUAUAACGACUUUAUUAAAUUGAUUUCCACUUCUAAAAAACUUUUUUCAGAAUUUACUGACCAUUCAUUUAACUUGAAUCAAGUACCUGAUGAUACCUUUGGUUGCAUAUUUUUCACGAUUGAUGAAAAUAAUAAGGGUUACUUAACGAUUAACGACUGGUUUUAUUUUAAUAAUAUUUUAGAGCAUGAUAAUUUCCAUGUUAUUUUACUUUAUGAAUUUUUUAGGAAAUUUGAUAUUGAAAGAAUCAAGGCAAGAAACGUUGGUAGAAGUGUUGCCGAUAAAAGAACAAAAUCAAUUAAUUAUAAUGAUAAAUCUCUGAGCUUCGACAACUUGUAUUUAAACCUGAAGCAAUUCAAGAAGACCGUUGAAAUUUUACAAGACUGUGUGAAUGAUGAUUUCAUCAAAAGAAACAACAUAUUUCUGGAUUGGAAUCAAUUCAGCUUCCUAAAAUUUUAUAUAACGUAUCCAUAUGGAAAUAAUAGUUCAGUUUCUGCUGAAGCAAAUGAUAAUAAUUCAUAUUUGACAUUAAAUUCAUUAUUAACAAUUUUACAAAAUGAUUUGAAAAAUGAAAGGCUCUUCAUGGGUUUUGAUAGAUUAUCGCAUUAUAAUCCCUUGAAGAAUGCUCUUACUCUGAGUAAAAAUCAGCUCAUUUAUCUUUUGGAGCUAUUUUAUUCACAUAGAGUCCCAGCAAAUGUAUUUAGGUCGUUAAAUUUAUCUAAUGCUUCCCAUAUGACAGUAGAUAAUAACGCAAUUACUUUCAAUAUAUUUAAAGACAUUUUUUACCUGUUUCAAAACUUUGAUCUGUUGAAUCAGAUACUUAUUCGAUAUGUUACAAAGAAUGACCUGACGGAAAAUGACUUAAAAGGUCAUGUCAUUACAAAAAAAGAAUUUUUAAAACUAUUAAAUGCUCAAUACAAUAAAGUUAAUAAUAUCACCGAAUUCUCUCCAUCUCAAAUAAAUCUGUUAUUUUCAAUUGUUGCAAACUCUAAACGGGCGAUUAGUGUGGUUCAUAAUUCACAUCAUGAAGUGCUUGCAAUUGACAAUUUCAUUCAUAAUGAAUUCAAAAACGGCAAUCGGACGGACGACAAAAAGGAAGAUCUUAAGAAAUUCAAUGUAAAUUAUGAUGAUAUAACAAAUGAAUUCUUGCAGGAUACAAAUCAAUUGAAAAAGGUUGUGAAUUCCGACCAGCGAGGUAUUAUAAGUAACUCAGAAGACGCUUUAGAGACUACUAUAGAUGAUUUUUUGAAAAUCUUAAACCCAAAUUACUUGAAUGACUUGGUCCACCAAUUAGAGAUUGAAAAAUUUCAAAGUCAAUCGUUGUACAUCAACUAUUAUUUCUAUCCAAUUUUUGACUCAAUGUACAAUUUUGCGUUAGGUUCUGUGGCUGGCUGUAUUGGUUCAACUUUUGUUUAUCCUAUUGAUUUUAUUAAGACAAGAAUGCAAGCGCAGCGGUCGCUAACAAAAUAUAAAAAUUCUAUUGAUUGUCUAAUUAAAGUUUAUAGUAGAGAAGGUAUAAAAGGAUUAUUUUCAGGCCUAGGGUUCCAACUACUUGGUGUAGCGCCAGAAAAGGCUAUCAAGCUUACAAUAAAUGACUUUUUGAGAAAUAAGCUAACAGAUAAAAGAAAUGCUUCAAUUAAACUACCAAAUGAGGUUUUUGCAGGUGCAAUAGCAGGUGCCUGUCAAGUGUUGGUAACAAAUCCUAUUGAAAUUGUUAAAAUUAAACUACAGGUUAGGUCUGAGUAUUUAGCUGAAGCAGAUUCUAUUUAUGGCAAGGCCAAUGGUCUGCACAUUAUAAAAAAGCUAGGGUUUCCAGGAUUAUAUAGGGGAAUUACAGCGUGCCUCAUGAGAGAUGUUCCUUUUUCAGCAAUCUACUUUCCAACUUAUGCACAUUUAAAAAAAGACAUAUUUCACUUUGAUCCUAAUAAGCCUGGAAAACGGAAAAGGCUGAAAACUUGGGAACUACUGACGGCCGGUGCACUGGCUGGGAUGCCAGCAGCAUUUUUGACUACACCCCUUGAUGUCAUCAAGACUAGACUUCAGAUUGAACCGAAGCAUGGUGAAACAAGGUACACUGGAAUAUUCCAUGCUUUCAAGACAAUUCUCAGAGAAGAAAAUUUUAGGAGCUUCUUCAAAGGCGGUGGCGCCAGAGUAUUGAGAAGUUCACCACAAUUUGGUUUUACACUAGCUGCAUAUGAGUUAUUCAAAAAUAUUUUCCCAUUAGAUUUUGAUAAACCUGAAGUAGGGGCUACUUCUUCCGAAAGCACAAUAAGAGAUGAAAUCCCAUCUGUAGCCAGUUCUUUUGCAAGAUUCCGCGAUAGUAUGAAUAGCUCGCUUCACAAUAGAAACGGGCUCAUUAGGAGCCAUACGAAUGGCGACGAUCAUGAAUUUAUCUAUAAUGAUUUUUACAGUCCUUUAGUUGAUCCGUAUAGCGCCACCUAUCUGAAUUACUACUAUAAGAGCUGCCAAAUUUCAAAAACAUUCAUUGACCUCGAUAAUAAUUUCUCUCAAUUUGAUCACUCUACAUAUCUGAAGUUUUACUCUUAUUUAAAAAGUAUUGAAAAAAUGUCUAAUUAG